AGUGUCUGCGAAUAAAAUUUCAAAGUAAGCCACAUGGCUGAGACGAAUGUUCCGGCUGUUCCAGCAUCUGAUGCUGGUGAUAUCUCAUCGAAUGUGGUCACUAUCAACAUACAAGGAGGAGGUCAUGUUACAUUUGCACUGUAUAACAACGUUGGUAAUAUGAAAGAAGUACGACAGUCUGUGAUGAACGGAGAAAUUGAAGCUGCGCUCUUAAAGACGUCUAUGAUUCACGACCCAUUCCAAGUCCUCACAGCCGCACACAAGGCUCUUCAUCACAGACGUACUAAGAAGAUGAUUACCAAAAACAUUCAUUCUGAGAUACUGUAUUGCCUGUCUCCUUUGAAAGGGAUUUCUGAUUCCUUCCGUAAGUUUGGUGUUGGUGACAAAGACAAUACAUUAUUCACAGCCAUCGUUGAUGAUGUCAACCACACUGUCCUGACACAGAUGAACACAAAGAUCAAAGGGGACUUAGUCUCGGUCUCCUUGCUUCCUCAAUUCUCUGAUGAAACAGAAAUAAAGAAGAUGUACAAAGUUACGGCUGACGAAUUAAACAUUGGUAACCUUGUCGAUGCUGUUGUCUCUAGAAUUGCUGUUAAAGAAAUCAUUGCAGUCUGACAAUUUGCUAAUGGUAAGAGGGAACAACAUUGGACUUUUGAAUCUGUGUUUGUUAUUGUUCAUAUUACAUAUUACAUACAAAGCCUUCAGUGUUGUUGUGGUUUUGAGUUCUGAUCAAGUCCAUCUAUGAUAAAGACAUUUCAGCAUAAUGUUAACAUAAUCUGAUAUGUCCUUGCCUUAUUUAUGACGAUAGGGUAUGAUCUGAAUUGUUUAGCUACUAUUUCUAGCAGGUCAAGCAACUAUGUAAGCGCUUUCCCCUUUGGCUCAAGAACUUCAAAGGUUGAUCCUUCAUGCAGAUGUAGCUAAACACUUAAAAUGCAAACAUCAAUAUUGCUCAACCUCCACCCUCAACAGCUGCUGGGUUUAAUUAACAAUAAAUAUUUUAGAAUAAUUAUCA